UUAUCAACAAACCAGAGAGCGACACGCAGAAAUGUGGUAAACACAAUAAUCAGUGUUCUGUAAACCGUCACCAAAUCGAUAUCUAUUCUGCACAUACAGAAUUUCCUCAUCUCCGACGUAUCGAAAAUUUCAAACGUUAUAUAUUUUCAAAAUUUAUAUUGUACGAUAAAUAGUAUAACUCACAUCGUGUGAAGCGCUUAAUAUCACUUUUUGAGAAAAAUGACAUGGUUUGAGAACUUGAAGAAGUAUCCUGUAAAUUAUAAUAAAUUCUUCCAUCCUAAUGUUUGUCACGUUUGUAAGUGGUCAUACGGAGACGAGUUGAAAUUAUGUGCCGAUUGCCACAUGAUCUCUUACUGCGGCGAGGAGCACAGAGUGCUGCAUCGAGAGCAACACGAGAAUAUGUGCAAAGCUAUAAGAGAAAUGUGUAAGACAAAGAACUUAUGGGACUCUCGCGGAAUGACGUCGGACCAAUGGCUCAUAUUUAGAAAAGAGAAUGUACAAGUUAUCCAGCUGAUCCUACAUCGCAAAUUGGAGCCUUACGAGGAGCAAAUGUUCUUGUUCGCGAAAUCGUGUGGUAUUUGUCGGCAGCAGGAUAACCUGACAAGCACUUGUCCAAACUGCUUCUCCGUCAACACUUGCGUCGAUCAUGAUUUAACUGAUGUCAAGCACGACUGUCACUUUCUGAGGACAGCUCUGUGGUUGGAUACCCACGAGCUCGAAAACACUUUACUAAAAAUCCCGCAGUCUUACAUGCCUAACUGUAUGAAUAAGAGCUUCCUUGUCGGUGGCAUGAAAUUAUUCAUUGAUUUUUGUAGAACCCGCGACCAACUGAAGUUCACUUGGAGCGCUAAUGAUUAUAAUUACUCUGAUUAUUUAUCAAAACCAUUAACAGUGUUGAAUGUUAUAAGUAAUGAGCAACUCGCAUUCCGUGUAAAUCAUAUAAGAAGCUUUGUCAUUCAUAUUAUAGACGGAAUUUUCACGGAUACUUGCUCAUUAUCCGCUUGGGAAGUCUUUUUGCAUACACUAAACGAGGGGACAGAAUUAUUGAUUAUAAUGAUAGGAACAGAAUUUAAAAACAUACCAUGGGAUGUUUGUGAUAUGUGCCGUGCCGCGGGUAAAAAACUUAAUUUUGAAUAUCGCGCAAUAUUAAACGAACAACACAUACAACAUUUGUUCUAUGUUGAAUCAGAUUUGAUAGUAGGAUUUGACGCAGAUCUUAGGAAAUUUGAAGCUAGCAUCAUAAAAGCAUUAUUAUUUAGUCAAAAUUGUCUGUUAAUUUUAACGGCUAAAUCGAAAAGCAAUGCGCAAGAAAAUAUCAUGAAAAUAAAGGAAGUAUUGGGUAUAAAACCCACCUAUUUCGUCGAAAAUGAUUUCAGCAGUAUUAGACCAUAUAGAGAUUAUGAGAACAAUACGUUUUCUUCUAACAAAUAUUUAAUUGUAUAUAAUGAUACGUACGUUCGAAACGAUUCGCUUCAAGCUGGUAGCAGUCAUCAAGUUUGACUGCAUCAUUACUUUGGUAUUAUUAUUGUAAACAAGUUGUGAUAUGGAUUGUUCUAACAAAUAAAUUGCGAACAUUUAUAAUAAACCGUGUUCUGAGAAAGAAUUGAAAUAUAAUCACAUUCUGAUUUCUUCUAUAAAAAUAUUAUCUCGUUGUCGCAUGUACGACGAUCAAACAUAACAUUAUACCUAAGUUGUAUGUACUAAAAGUAACAUGAAUAGAAAUGACCGGAGCAGUAUCGCGAGCCACACGACUGCGCAUGCGCGAGUCAUGCAACGAUAAAAGCCCUAAAGAAAAAAACCUGGUACAUUCCUGUUAAAAGGAUGAUGUCAGCAAAAGUAAUAAAAAAAGUAAGUAGCAAACUGUUUGUCAGAUAUAAAUAGCAAUGUCAGAUUUAAUAUAUAAAAUUAACAGCCACGUUACUCUUUUUGAACCUAAAAAAUUUUUCCAAGUCGGUUGGUAGUAUUUUUACCUUGAGAACUUAUCAGUUACUCACUUUUACAAUCCCAAAAGUAGCAAAAGUAGCAAAAGUCUCAAGUAGUAAAAGAGGGCAAUGAAAAAUCAGUUGUUUUCUUUGUCUAAUUGCCUAAUUGGUGGAAAAAAGGGAAGAAGAGAAGCAGUCACACGAUUCACUUACUUGUUAACGUGCCUCAAUAGUUAUGUUGAAUAGUAUUUUGCGCCGCCAGAAGCUUUGCAACUGUUCGUAAGACUUCCUGCUGAAUGACACUUAGCGCUUUACAGUUUUCCAAAAUGUUUACUAAGCAGUCCAGCAUAUUGUAAGUGUGCUGGGAAAAAUGGAGACUGCUUAAUAAAUAUGUUGAAAAUGCGCAAAUCGCCCGUGGCAAUCAAAAGAAACUAUUAUUACAACAGUUGCAAAGCUGCUGCCAGCGCAACGGAAAGCGCUUACUGAGUUGCUUUUCCUGCCGAAUGUAGCCAUUGACAUGAAGAUGAAGAAGUGAAGAAAAAGAAGAAGAAGCAAAGCGCGUAUGAGGUUUGUGCCUCUUCUUCGAACGAGAUACAUAUUAUGUCCCUCCUUUUCUCACUAUGUCUAACUCUCAUAUCCUUCUAUUUUAUCUAGACCCGUAUUAAUCAUUAUCAUUUAAAAUUUAUCUCAAGUGAGAUACUCAGAUUUUAAUUCAGAGCUAAAGGAGAGUUUUUCAAUUGAAUCAUGACUACAGAUAUAAAUGUCACAUAUAUAAUAUACAACUGAAAAACUUGGAUCUAAUUCUGAACAUCACAUGAAAUAAGUUUCAGAUGGUAACUCCCAAGUAGCGCAUAAAAGCUUAAAACGGUUACGAUAACAUUGUUGUAGCUUAAAUCGCAGCAUUUUUGUCUAGCACAGCUAUUGUAACUGUGACGUUUUGACAAAAUUGUAACAGCAAAACAAUAUUUUCAGAUUUUGAAAAUGAUGUCGCAGCCAUUUAGCAACUAUUUUUCUGUAAAUGGGUUGUCAUAGUCAAAUUACAGCAGUCAAAAUAAAAAUAAACAAACUAAUAAACAGAAAAUGUUUUUCAUAUGUAAUAUGUAAAUUAAUGUUCUCACACA